AUGUCCCGGAUUAAAGAUUUCUUCGCCGGAAUCUUGGACUCCGGCAAGCACAUUAGCUUAUCCAACAAAAGAAAAAAGCUCUUCUUAGCUGCUUUUGCUUCAAUCCUACUAGCCUCCGCUCUAAUCGGCAUUGUCGUCGGAGUCAAGUCUCAUAAAUCCAGCUCCGGCGACUCCAGCCCAGAAAGCCUCACAGCUUCCUCAGCUCACUCCAUCGUAAAAUCAGCAUGCAGCAGCACAUUUUACCCUGAACUAUGCUAUUCCACAGUCACAAGCCACCCCGAUGUCACCACAAAGGUCAAAAAUCUUAAGAACGUGAUCGAACUUGCUGUUAAUAUCACAGUAUCCGCCGUCGAGGAGAGUUACUUCCGUAUAAAGAAGCUCACCACUCGGAAAACUCUCACUGAACGCGAGGUCACGGCGCUUCACGACUGUCUUGAGAUGGUAUCGGAGACGUUGGAAGAGCUCCAUGAUGUCGUUAAAGACCUCAAGGAGUAUAAAUUGAAAGGAUCGAUCAAGCAGCAUGCCAUCGACCUCAAGACGUUGAUGAGCUCCGCCAUUACCAACCAGGAAACUUGUCUCGACGGUUUCUCCCACGAUGGCGCGGAUAAGAAAGUCCGUAAGGAACUGGAGAAAGGAGAGAAAAAGGUGGAGAAGAUGUGCAGCAACGCAUUAGCGAUGAUUUGUAACAUGACGAAUAAGGAUGUGGCCGAUGAGAUGAAGAUGAACGUCGGAAGGAAAUUGAAGGAGGAGGAACAGAGUGGUGAAUGGCCGGAGUGGUUGUCAGCUGGAGAUAGGAGGUUGUUGCAGACAGGGACAGUGACGCCAAACGUGGUGGUUGCUGCCGAUGGUAGUGGAAACUACAAGACGGUGGCAGCUGCGGUGGCUGCAGCGCCGUCAAAGAGCAGUGCAAGAAAGAAUACAAUCAUCACCGGCAGCCGGAGCGUUAAAGGAGGAAGCACCACCUUCGACUCGGCCACCGUCGCUGUCGUUGGAAAUGGAUUCUUGGCAAAAGACGUAACAUUUCAAAACACCGCCGGAGCUGCAAACCACCAAGCGGUGGCACUUCGUGUCGGCUCAGAUUUAUCCGCAUUCUAUCAAUGUGACAUGUUAGCCUACCAAGACACACUUUACGUCCACAAAAACCGUCAAUUCUACAUCAACUGCUUGAUCGCCGGCACGGUGGAUUUCAUCUUCGGAAACGCUGCGGUGGUGUUCCAAGACUGCGACAUCCAUGCACGCCGCCCUGGAUCUGGUCAAAAGAACAUGCUAACAGCACAAGGCCGCACCGACGCCAACCAAAACACAGGGAUUGUUAUUCAAAAAUGCAGGAUUGGGGCUACUUCCGAUCUGCAACCGGUGAUAGGGAGUUUUCCGACGUAUCUAGGACGACCAUGGAAACAGUAUUCAAGGACAGUGGUGAUGCAGUCGAGUAUUACCAAUGUGAUUCAUCCAGCCGGAUGGUAUGAGUGGGAUGGGAACUUUGCGCUCGACACGUUGACCUACCGUGAGUACCAGAACACUGGUGCCGGAGCUGGAACUUCCGGUAGGGUGAAAUGGAAAGGAUAUAAGGUGAUUACAAGUUCUUCAGAGGCUCAAGGGUAUACUGCGGGAACCUUUAUCGGUGGUGGUAAUUGGUUACGCGCCACCGGUUUUCCUUUUUCUUUAGGUUUGUAA